AGAAAAGAAUAAGAACAAGGACAAGACAAGAAUAAGAAGGAAUUAAGAAAAAUAGCAAUAGCAAGAACACCAAAAAUCAACAAUGAAAAUGAUGAUAAUAAUAAUCUCAAUCAACACUUCAAUUUGAUCAACACUUCACCUCAUGAAAUUUCUAUCAGUAUUCCCCAAGUGUUCAAGGCCAGAGAGAUAAUUCAGUCCGUUACUGAAUCACUGUUAGAGUCGGAGCGAAAAGAGAAACAGUGAGAGAGAGAGAGAGAGAGAGAAAAAAAGAAGAAGAAGAGAAAUGGAAGGAUAGAAAAGAGAGAGAAAGUUUAAGAGUGUUCACGAGAGAAAGAAAAAAAGAAAGAAAGAAAGAAACAAGGAAAGAUGUAGAAAAGAAGAGAAAGAAGUGUCACGUGUUGUUGCUGUUUUUUUUUUUUUGUGAAACUGACAUUCUAUUUCGAGUGUUUUAGAGUCACAGAAAAGGCUACAGAGGAUAAGUACAAUCCUAACACUCAGGCCUUUUCGAGCGCCGUCGCUGGCAAGAUGUCGGACGGCGCUGAGAGAAACCCUUUGGACGAUCUCGGCGACUCCUCGUCAGGAGCUCCGGGCGUUCCUCCUCGAGACGACUCGGGCGAAAAAGGGCCAAGUUCGAGAAAGACAGAGGUCAUUCUCGAUGGGGGUCGCUUGCUCGCCGAAUCUGCCAAGCAACCGACGGCGGUGAAGGACUGCGGGCAGGGGCGUGACAGCUCCGAAGCGGGUGACGAAUAUCGCUCCUACAAGACGCGGUUCUGGGUGUUGGCGCUCUUCUCCCUCAUCAGCCUCAUGCAGUUGACUGUGUGGGGCACUUGGGGUCCCAUCGUGGAGUCCGCCCUGGUCGCCUACCCUGCCUGGGGCCCGAACACCGCCGCGUCCUUCAGCAACUGGCCUCCGCUCAUCGGCCUCCUGUUCAUGCUUCCUUUGAGCAGCUUACUACAACGUAUAGGUCUGCGGAAAGGGGUCCUCGUCAGCGCCGGUCUGCUGGCGGCGGCGUCGAUCGUACGGUGCUUUCCGGUCGACGAUCUGACGUUCACCGUACUCUGCCAUGUGGGAUCCAUCAUGCUGGGAUUCUCUUGCUGCAUCCUUCUGCCGCAGGUCGGUACUGUCGCCUCCGUCUGGUUCUCUCCGGGCGAAGGGACAACGGCAGUAGCUGUUGCCCUUUUGAUGAACCAACUUGGAGGAGUAACUAUGUACUUCAGCCCCCUCGUGGUGAGGGCGCCCGGGGAGGACGUCCUGCCGGAGGACAUCCGCAAAGACAUCGCGAUUCUUAUGUACAUCCAUUUCGGCUUGAGUCUCCUGCUGUUCGUGUGCGUGUUGCUCUACUUCCCCGACGGGCCGCCCUCCCCGCCGUCGCCUUCGUCGCAGGAGGAGAGGGAGGACUUUCGGAAGAGUCUCAAGGACUUUCUCAGGAAUCAUCACCUAAUUCUUAUAGUGGUUGCUUAUGGUGUGUCCUUCGGCGUGGUCGGGAACUGGCUGGGAUUUAUGACUUACUCCUUGCUGGAAAUCGGUAUUCAUCAGGAGGAAUCGAUGGGCGUGGCAAUUUCGGCCUCCCUCAGCGCCAGUGUUGCCGCCUUCUUCGCCGCGAGGAUGACUGACAGGAUCUACGGGCACCUCAAGGACACCGUCAUCAGCCUCCUGGCCGCCUCCUUCGCCUUCUUCCUCUGGUUCUUCUUCCUCUCCACCGGGGUCGUCGAGGCAACUUUGAACUCAACGCCGACCUCCCCUCCCUCCGCCCACAGCCCAAGUCUACAUCACGGUGAUCGCGGGCGUGUCUCUCCAGUUCUCUUCCGUUCCUCUCCUGCUGCAGUUGUGCUUCGAACUGUCCUACCCCAUUUCCGAGGGCGUCGUCGGGGCGCUCGCCACCUCCUUCUUCUCGUUUGUGUCUCUUGCGUUUCUCCUCCUGUUCCUCAUUCCCGAUGUUGGAUACGUGUGGGUGAGCUACGCUCUGGUGUCCAGCGUGUCUCUGAGCAUCGUCCCUGUCUUCUUCGCGAAGGAGGAGCUCAAAAGGACACAGGUGGAUAGACAAGGAGGAAUGAGAAAAAAUCCCAGAACAGAUAAGCAAAAAAACGAGGCUGUAGAAUGUGUCAGGUGUAUUUUAUUCAUAUUUGAUUCUGAGUUGUGAGUACUGGAGAAGAAUUAUGUAGACUCGUAUGUUCUCAGACAAUAUUCUUGUGUAUCAGAUAUAUUAAGGAAAUAUAUUAUAAUUCCUAUUUCAUUA